AUGAACCCUGGUAUCAGGAUAGGGAUAAACACGAACUCUGGUAUCAGGGUAGGAAUAAACAUGAACCCUGGUAUCAGGAUUGGGAUGAACAUGAACCCUGGUAUCAGGAUAGGAAUAAACAUGAACCCUGGUAUCAGGAUAGGGAUAAACAUGAACUCUGAUAUCAGGAUAGGGAGAAACAUGAACUCUGGUAUCAGGAUAGGAAUAAACAUGAACCCUGGUAUCUGGAUAGGGAUGAACAUGAACCCUGGUAUCUGGAUAGGGAUAAACAUGAACCCUGGUAUCAGGAUAGGGAUAAACAUGAACCCUGGUAUCAGGAUAGGGAUGAACAGGAAUCCUGGUAUCAGGAUAGGAAUGAAUAUGAACCCUGGUAUCAGGAAAGGGACGAAUAUGAAUCCUGGUAUCAGGAUAGGGAUAAACAUGAACCCUGUUAUCAGGAAAGGAAUAAACAUGAACCCUGGUAUCAGGAUAGGGAUAAACAUGAACCCUGGUAUCAGGAUAGGAAUAAACAUUAACUCUGGUAUCAGGAUAAGAAUAAACAUGAACCCUGGUAUCAGGAUAGGAAAAAACACGAACUCUGGUAUCAGGUUAGGGAUAAACAUGAACCCUGGUAUCAGGAUAGGGAUGAACAUGAACCCUGGUAUCAGGAUAGGGAUGAACAUGAACCCUGGUAUCAGGAUAGGGAUAAACAUGAACCCUGGUAUCAGGAAAGGAAUAAACAUGAACCCUGGUAUCUGGAUAGGGAUGAACAUGAACCCUGGUAUCUGGAUAGGGAUAAACAUGAACCCUGGUAUCAGGAUAGGGAUAAACAUGAACUCUGGGGCGGAGAGGAUAAAGGUUCCAACUUUCUAA